AUGACUCCCAGUCUGAAUGCUGUGAACCAGCUAUCAGAGGAAAUUACAUUUGUAGGAGAACACUUCUCUCUCCAAGUGACAUGCUGUGCUUAUGGGCUUCACCACCACUUGAGAACUCGAGAGCCAGCAUUGGAGCUGUCCGAAAGCCACAAGCGCUGGGGCCGUGUGCGCUCCCGCAGCACUGCUGGGUCCCAACACGGCCCGGAAACAGCAAAGCCAGUGAUGGGGGAGCAGGAGAAGCGCACAAAUGGUCCUGCCGCUGCAGGGCCAGCCCGGCCCGAAGGGACCCGGCGGGGGGAACCGCGACCGCAGCUGGAAGGGAAGGACACGGCUGUGCCUUUCCCCGGUGCCAGCGAUUCAUCCGAGGCCGCGCGAGGCUGCAAACAGCGGACGCAAACACCUGGAUGGAAAAAUCUGGGAGAACGGCCGGAUCCGUCCGGAAAGCCGGAGAGCGCGCGUUGUUUGGCUCUCAGGGAUAACCCAAAGCGGGGCUCGGCCACGGCCCUGGCCAAGCGCGGCCCCGCAGCCCGAGCGCUGAGGGCGGAGGUGCCGGGGCGGGCACUGCGCCUGUGCGGCGGCCGCGGGCGCAGCCAGCCCAGCCGGCCCCGGCGGGACGCGGCGGCGGCGGCGGCACCGGCGGGGAAGAUGGCGGAGCCGGGGGCUGCGCGCAGCCACCCGCGGGCCACAGCUAUUGAUGGAUUUCUGAAAACUGAUGAAAGACAAAGACUGGCAAAGGAAAGAAGAGAAGAAAGGGAGAAAUACCUUGCUGCUAGGGAGCAGCAGAUCCUGGAGAAGGAAAGAAGAGCAAAACUUCAGUAUGAAAAGCAAAUGGAGGAGCGCUGGAGAAGACUGGAGGAACAGAGGCAGAGAGAGGAGCAGAAGAGAGCAGCUGUGGAAGAAAAACGGAGACAAAAGCUUAAAGAGGAGGAGGAACGUUUAGAAGCCAUGAUGCGCCGGUCCCUCGAACGCAGCCAGCAGCUGGAACAGAAGCAGAAGCGAUGGUCGUGGGGAGGAGCACUGGCGGCAGGCUCAGGAGGCAGAGAUGCAUGUGACAAACUUUCAGCUUCUACAAUGAAUCUGCCAAAGCAAAUGGAGUCUCCAAUCAGUAAACGCCUCUCGUCCUCCACAGCGGCCAUAACGCAUUCCCCCGACAGAGCUCACCGCAUGCAUCUUAGUCCAAUGGAAAACUUUAUUGUUUCUCGACUGCUGACUCCCACACAGUCAUCUUUAGCCAGAAGCAGAAGUACAUUAAUGCUUUCUGAGCAGUACAAUACUCCAGUAUUCCAUAUCUGUCCUCGUGUAGCACCAGCUAGUCCUCUUAAAUCUCCCUACAAGCCUUCCCCCACCCGAAGCACUGACAGGAAGAAGGCAACUUCACCGAACUCCACUGCCAAUGCCAUGAAAGGGGCACCUGCAGCUGAAGUUACUCAGACUGAGAAGAUAAAGAAGGAGAAGCGACCUGCAACACCUGGUUCAUCAUCUGGCAUGGGAUCUCCUCUGAGAAGGUCUGAUUCUCCUGCUGCCAUGUCCAGAAGAUCUGCAUCACCUGCAACACCUAAGACAGUUGCAAAGACAUAUCCUCAGUCUCCUAAAAACACCAAACAAUAUCCAGCUUCUCCUGUAAAGCAUCGUGCCACUUCCAAUCUCAGCCAGGAAACACCUAAAAAGAAAGCAGACAAGGAGAAAGAAAAUGCCAGUCACCUGAAAUCCCCAGGAGCACGGGCUGAUGAUGUGGGCCAGGUGGCUCCUGAGAAGCACGUGCCUUCUGCUGGAAAGGCCGAGAACAGUGAAGGGAAGAUCACAGCAGGAACAAGUGAUGCAGAAGAAGCUGCAAAAAUUCUAGCUGAAAAAAGACGACAGGCCCGCCUGCAAAAAGAACAAGAGGAAAAGGAGAGACAGGAAAGAGAAGAAAGAGAAAGGCUUGAAAGAGAAGAGCAGAAAAGAAAGGCAGAAGAAGAAAGACUUCGUCUGGAAGAAGAAGCUCGUAAAAAGGAGGAGGAAAGAAAACGUGAAGAAGAGGUAGCUAGAAAAAAGGCAGAAGAGGAAGCCAGGAGAAGAGCCCAGGAAGAACAAAUGCUAAAGGAAAAGCAAGAAAAAGAGCUCCAAGCCAAACUUGAGAAACAGAGGGAAGAAGCAGAAAUCAAAGCCCGUGAAGCAGCUGAACAGCUUCGUCUUGAAAGGGAACAAAUCAUGCAGCAAAUUGAGCAAGAAAGGCUGGAGCGGAAGAAGAGAAUAGAUGAAAUAAUGAAGAGAACAAGGAAGAGUGAAACCCCAGAAAUAAAGAAGGAAGAGCCAAAACUGGAGAUCCCAUCAACUCUGAAUGUGGAAAAGCAACCAAAGACCCUUGUUCUCAACCAGCCAGAGAUCAAUGGAUUGGCAACCUGCCUGAAAAAUAAAAGCUUAGAAAGUGCUGCUUCUGUAAUCCCUUCCCAAGAUGUAGUUGCCAAUGGACUGAAGUCAGUUUCGGGACUUAUUCAGCUGGAAGCUGUUGAUGGGAAAUCUAACAGCAUGGAAGAUUCAACAGAUGAGGUUCAGUCCAUGGAUGUGAGCCCGGCUUCAAAAGAAGAACUUAUCUCUAUCCCUGAAUAUUCACCCAUGAAUGAACUCAUGCCAGGGGUUUCUUUGGACCAAAAUGGGACGAGUAAUGCCAAGGCUCUUGAAGACCUCUUGGAUUUCACAGGCCAAGCUACCUACUCCAAGAUGUCCAGUGAUACCCUUAGCCUAGAUGACUGUAACAAAAACUUGAUUGAGGGAUUUAACAGCCCGGGACAGGAAAAUACACUUAAUUCUAUCUGUUGACAGCCUCGCUUUUCAGCAGAACAGAUACAGAGAUAACAGUUUCUGGAGGAUAUAUAUCCCUGUGAUGCUACUGGCAGUAAAAUAUGAGCUUGUCACUUGAAAAAGCUUCUGCAGUCCUUGAACACUGGAUUUCAAAUAAUCAGAGCUGAAUAUAACUUGUCUUCCCAGGGAAUAUGUUGAAUAACUGGCUGCUUUUGGUAGAAACCAAUGAUCUAGAGCCUUGAUGUUUCAGGGAAGACAGAGCGUGCAUUAGAAUUUGAGCUUUAGCUGCUAAUAAAGCACUUAUUUCUUCUUUAAUUUAAAAUUCAUCUCAACACUUCACUGUGAUUUUUACCUGUGCAUUUUAUUUUUAAAUAAUUCUUUCCUAGGAUUGAUCAUACAUCCAUUUAGACAUCUUUUUCUUGUAAAUAAUGAUGGAGUUUGCCCACAGUGCAUUGAAACAAAAUAAUAUACUGUACUUUAGUUUUGUGCCUAUCUUUUUUUGUCUUCAAUAAGGAGUUAUUGGCAACUUUUAUGAGGUGUGUAAUUCAAAACUGUAGCUGAAGAGGCUUGAAAAACAUAUAGCUGCUGGAAUCAAAAGAGCCUUUUAUUGACUGUGGAGUGUGGGAACUAUCCCUUUAUGAUGAUGUUGACACUUUUAGUCACUAGUGGCACUUACUGGUUAAUAUUAAUUAGUCUGGGAGCAACUGUCGACUGUGUUUAAAAUCAUAUUUGUGUAACACUUGUAAGCAAAGUAGGCAAAAUGCCAAGUGCAACCCCUUAAUAUAAAUGUAGUAUAGCUGUAGUAGAGCCAAGUGAGUGAUCAGGAGGGUGACACAUUAACCUUUGAAUAUGCAGACACUUGAUUGAUACCAGCAGGCUUUCUAUCACACAGAGAAGUAUUUUGUCUUCCUGUAGGCUCAAUAAAAUGGGAUUUGGUCAGCAGCAAAACAAUAUGUGAGUGUCAGAAACACAAAGGCCAAAAUGCAUGCCAGGAACACUGGGGGCCCUUAACGUUCUGUAAACAUCUGUGUGGAACAGUCCACAUCACGGUGUACAAGGUCAGGGCAUCAUGUGCCAUACAGUGUUAACUUUAUUUCUGUUGGUGAACCUUUAUGCUAGAUCAAGUGCUGCUUUGAGGACAUUUUGUCCCGUCCCUUAUAAUAAUAAAUUAUAAAUACAACUCUCUUUGGACACUAACACAAAAGACAUGAAAACUUGGUGGGGAGGGGUUUGUUUCUCUCUCUCUUUUUUUUUUUUUUUUCCACAUGUAAGAGUUCACAGCAUAGAUUGACCAGAGUUGUAGCACCAUUCUUGUGCUCUUAAAAGUCAGCAGUGGGAAAGUAACCAGUGACAUGAUGUACAAUGCCUAAAAAAAUCAUACCUACAACAAUCCAGCUCUAUUUAUGUUAGUGUACUUCAAAGAAAUACUUUCUUUUGACUGUGCAGUAAGCUGUAGCAUGGUACUGUGUCUUCCAAAUUAGUCCUUCAUCUAUUUCCUAAAUAAUAAACAAACAAACAGUUUGUUUUGCUGUAAUACAUUGUGUUUGACAAAUGUCAUAUUAUAUUUUAUUAUGGUGUCAUUGUAUAACCUGUAGAUUUCUGUAUUUGCAUGACCUGUAUAGCAUGUAUAAAGGUGAAAUACAUUUUCAUUUAUGAAUCUGA